AUGGACGUCAAAUGCAAGCCGCAAUCCAAGCAUGAUAGUUGGACUCCAGUGUCACAACGAAUCACUUCAACAACAAUACAUCCGGAUAUGUUGAUGCUGCGCGUCCAGACGCCGCAAGGCAUGAAGCGCAUUCAGGUGGAAACCAGCGCCACCAUUGCUGACCUCCUGAGCAAGGUAGCUCAGGAGGUUGGCGUCAACGAAUCGUUUCAGCUGGUGACUGAGGAUCAACGCAGUCUUCUACCGACGUACGGCCUGGACGCCACCCUCUUGGACACCAACCUCAGAAAAGUCGACAAACUCCGCCUCGUCCUGGAAAGCGCCAAACAAGGCGCCAACGAGCAGGGCGCUGAGGCCGUGGCCCCAACCCUUGAUGAGGUUGACCGUCACCUCUUCAAGGAAAAAGGCCAAGUUCCCCGGUCACUCGAUUCGCACAUGUGUCACCACGGCCCCGGGGGACAAUGCAUCCACUGUGCGCCGCUGGAGCCCUUCGACCCGCAGGUUCUCCAGGGUCGCGACCCACCCAUCAAAUUCUUGUCCUUCCACAGCUUUCUUCGUCGCCUCGACAGUGGGGCCGACAAGGGACGCCUUAGCAAGCUUGAGGACCUGCAAUGCACGCUCAAGCCCUGCAAAGACCACCCACCUUACCCGCGGGGCAUCUGCAGCAAGUGUCAACCGAGUGCUGUCACCCUGCAGCGACAGUUUGAAACACCCGACAUCCUCAAUCGCUUCCUGGAGCCUUAUCGCAAAACCGGCGCCCAACGGGUUGGCUACCUGUAUGGUCGGUAUGCGCCGUAUGAACAAGUGCCGCUUGGUAUCCAAGCUGUCGUAGCUGCCAUCUACGAACCGCCACAGGUGGGCACUGCAGAUGGACUAGAACUGCAAGAUGACGAACACCAAAUGCUGGUCGAGCAGAUGGCCGCUGCCCUGGGACUGCAGCGCGUCGGCUGGAUUUUCACGGACCUCGAAGCCGAGGACUUGGCUGCUGGUACCGUCAAGCACAAACGCUACGUGACACAUGAGCCCGAUGACGACACAACCGUGUUGACAGCCCCUGAAAUUUUGACCGCAGCCAUGUUUCAGCAAUCGUAUCCCAACCCUGUGCCGCUACGCUACAACGACACGGGCUUUCACGGCUCCAAGUUUGUGACUGUUGUUGUUUCCGGCGACGACACCAAUAUGAUUUCGCCAAAGGCCUACCAGGUCUCCACACAAGCCAUGGCCUUGACCCGAGAUGACAUUCUGCGCCCGACAGACCGGGCUGACAUGAUGGCUGUCAAGCCGCGUACAGAUGAAGUUUAUGUACCAGAUAUCUUUUACGUGGAGAAGGAUAAAUACGGCAACCAGAUUAAGACACCAGCCAACCCUGUCUUUCCCGUCGAAUACCUAUUCGUGGACAUGGAGGCCGGUGCGGGUACUGGCCAAGGGACCUUUGUCAACAAUCCUUCGGCCCCUUUUCCGAUUGAGCAUCGUGAAGCCAUCGGCGAGGGUCAAAACAUGCAAGCACUUGGGCGGUAUUUUGCCGCGGGCGGCGCCCGUGACGGUAAUCUGCUACGUGACUUUCACUUGCUCUUCUUUCUGGCCACGGACUCCAUGUGUAAUGAGCUCCAGGACUCUUUGAUUCCGUUGGCUCAAGCCAUGGCCACUCGCGACUCGGCCGUCGUGCAGCAGUGGGCUGACAACAACCCACACUGGCAAACCAUCAAGAUGCUCGCCUCUGAGUCAGCGCAGGAGCCUUCCCAACCGUGCAGCAUGGAUGAGCUAGAGAGCCGGCAUCGCCGGGAGAAGAAAGAGCUCCAAAGCCAAGUCAUGGCACUCAAAAAGUCCGUGCCCAAGGGGGACAAGAAGAAGAAAAAAGAGGUUGAUGCCCAAAUCAGCAAACUUGAGGGUGAUUUGAAUGAUCGCCAGCAGGCUGAGAUUGCCGACUUUCUGUUGGGCGGUGGCUCCGACGCGCCGGCAGACGGGACAACACCGGUCGAAGCCUCUACCUCAAGGGAAGCAGACCCUACGACAGUUGUUCAAGAUGCCAAUGAUGACGGGGGAAAAAAAUCCAAGGCCCAACGGCGACGCGAGAAGAAGGAGCAGGAGGAACGGGAGCGGGCCAAGCGGAUUCAGGACGGUGAAGCGGCCCCUGGUACAACCCGUGCAGAAAUGGAGGAUGCUGCUUUGGCCGAACUGCUUCGACCGUUAUCGCUCUGUGUCUUGCCAGUCCGGCCCGAUGGAAACUGCAUGUUUCGCGCCGUCACGCACGCCGCCGACCAAGAGGACCCCCAGGUGUUGCGUGAGCACAUGGCCUCCUUGAUGCGGGAAAACAAGGCUGACUUUCAGCCUUUUUUGACCAACGAAGAGGGCAACGUGCUAGAUGACGGUGUGUAUAUGUGCACCCACAUGCCUCUUGCCGCUGUCUCCUUGGCCGGUUGCCUGUUGGAGUGCUUUCUCUCACCUCGGCAGCCGAUCCUAGACGAAUAUGCUUCUUACUGUGACGCAAUGGCACAACCGGGCAAGUGGGGUGGCCACUGUGAGCUCUUGGCCUUGUCUCGCUUGUUGAAGCGCCCGAUCAAGGUUUUUCAAGUGCCAGGUCAGCCUCAGGAGAUUGGCGACGCAAAGGACGGGCAGAGCCCGAUUUUGUUGAGACGGUGGGUCGGAGAAUUAACUUUUUGUAUCCUGGCCACAAGCGUCCUACCUGGGCCCGUUCUGAUUGAAAUCGAGAUGUCAAGUGUUUUCGUUUCGCCUCUGUCGAAUCGGAUCAUUGUGUUCAUACCAACAAGGCUCGCGCUUGGGGAAAAGAAUGGUGCCAUAUAG